CCCUUGUUUUAUUGCUUAUCAGUUAUCAAGGGAACGAACCAGAGGUGAUUUCUAUCUCGAUUCUCGAACGUUAUUGGAAGUGGCACACACGGCGACCAGCCAUGGCGAUCCUUCUCAUACCCAAUUCUCACUUUCUUCCCUUCACGUACUCUACGCGCCUUUCCUUCAAGCCUGCACCGUUGCUAAACUCUCCGGCUAUUUACUUCGCCGGCGACUCUUGCCGCCGCCGGAAACCGAGACGCUUGACUGUGGUGACUCGUGCGGGUCCCAGCUCCAGCAGCUACUUCUUCGCUUUUGCACUGCCAUUUUCGCUCCUCGCUAUCACCAUAGUAGCUUCGUGGAGAAUAGGAGACAGGCUUGACAGAGAAUUUCUUGAGGAGAUGGCAAUGAAUGAAGCCAUCAUGGAAGCAGAUGAUGACGACGACGACAAUGAUGAUGAGGAGGGUGAGAUUGAAACUUACAAACAAGAAGAACCUGCUCUUCCUCGUCUUCGCAACAGGCCAAAAAGAGAAGCUUAGAGCCGCAUUGAAUGUGUUCGAUUUACAAUUUUAUUUCAGGAUUCUUUUGGAUUGUACUUAGACCAGCAGAAUUAAGCUUGUGGUAAGAGAGAUGAAGGUUUGUCUUCUAACAGCUUCAUAUUUCAUCUGAGAUUCAUGUAACAUAGGUCUUCUAAAGUUAAACGCCAUCCUCUCUUUUCAGAAGGAAACGGAGAAAGCCCCAAAAGUCUAUAGCAGAAUGGAAUAUUAUGAUUUCUUCAGAUGUAGUUAGGUACACUAUUCAUCAGAAAAUGUAAUUUCAUUGUCUUUUGGGAGGCAUGAAAUAAUUGUCCUAAAUUCUUAGUGUUGGAGAACUUAUUUAUUCUAGGAUUAUUAGGUUCUUAGAAGAGCCUGUUUGGUGGUGGUGUAGAUUUCUACUUUUGAAACUUUCUUUUUUGGAAUUAAGUUUUAUAAGGAACCAAUGUAAGUGAUUGGAUAAAUAAUUUGAUUAGUGAUUUAUAAGUA